AUGCUCUUUGAGAUAGCGUUGACCGUAAAUCCCUUAGCUUUCGAGGGAUUCGGAGAGGUCUACGAACCUGUGCUUCGGCUUUCGCUGGCGGGCUUUCGUCAUCCAUCACUGUCUGGGUCGUCGUUGGUGGAAGGUACCACGCUGUGGAUCCAAGCAGGAAGUUUAGGAGGUGUCACCGUCAAUCACGUAAGAAGUGACCUCAGUCUUCAGAUCCGCACACACAAGAGACGAAUCUUGCCGAUGGCUCUUUGCGAGUCGGCAUUGUACCCCAGAAUACUGACGCAGCAAGACCCGAGGAAUCGGAUACGGAUCUUUUUCAGUCUCUUUCGCUGGGGAAAAGCAAAGAGGGAGGACUUUCGGAAGAAGGCGUCGUCCGCUGAUGAUCUUGAGGUUGGGAGGCAGGGCGGGCAGGGAAAGACUGAGACUACCGAUACCGAGUCGGGGUUGGAUCACAGGAUAGAUACCCUAUGGUUGGUCUCUAUGCCUGCUUCACUUCGUAGCAUUAAGGGGGCAGUGCCAUGA